GCCAAGGCCGCCCGCAGCUGUCGGCAAUGACCGCCCGGUCCUUCCUGCCACGCUGCCCGGCUGGGCAGAGAUGGGAUCAGAGGCUCCCUGUCCUCAGGCUGGCCCCACUGCUGUCAGGCGCCCUCAUCUCUGCUGUUUUGCCCAGCGCCCCGGAGGGGCCUUGUCCUGGGGGGGCGGAAGGUGAGGAGGAUGGGGAGCCCCGAGGAUGACCUGAUCGGCAUCCCCUUCCCGGACCACAGCAGCGAGUUGCUGAGCAGCCUGAACGAGCAGCGCCAGCUGGGGGUGCUGUGCGACGUGACCAUCAAGACGCGGGGGCUGGAGUACCGCACCCACCGGGCCGUGCUGGCUGGCUGCAGCCGCUACUUCAAGAAGCUGUUCGCGGGGCCGGGGCCCGGCGCGGGGCAGGAGGUCUGCGAGCUGGACUUCGUGGGGCCCGAGGCGCUGGGCGCGCUGCUGGAGUUCGCCUACACGGCCACGCUCACCAUCAGCAGCGCCAACAUGGGCGAGGUGCUGCAGGCCGCCCAGCUGCUGGAGAUCCCCUGCGUCAUCGCCGCCUGCGUGGAGAUCCUGCAGGGCAGCGGGCGGGAGGCGCCCGGGCCCGACGACGGGGACUGCGAGCGGGCGCGCCGCUACCUGGAGGCCUUCGCCGCCCUGCCGGACGGGCCCGGGGCCACCCUGCUCCCUGCCCGCCCGGCCCCCCGCCGCAGCAAGAAGACCCGCAAGUUCCUGCAGGCCCGAUCCUCCCGGCUCAAUCACCACGCUGAGGAGCCGGGCCCCGGCAGCCCCUUGCCCGAGCCUCGGGAGCCCUCUCCCCUGCUGCCCCCGGCGCCCGAGGGCCUGGCCCAGCCCUACGAGGGCUACGAGGCGGCUGAGGAGGAGGAGCUGCCCCCGCACCCCUACCCCUACCCGUAUCCCUACCCCUACCAGCCAGCCCUGUCCCCCGAGGACGCUGGCUCUGACGAGGACCCCAUUGACCCUGACCUCAUGGCCUACCUGAGCUCCCUGCAGCAGGAGCCCUUGGCCCCCGGCCUGGACAGCCCGGACAAGCUGGUGCGCAAGCGUCGCUCCCAGAUGCCCCAGGAGUGCCCCGUCUGCCACAAGGUCAUCCACGGUGCGGGCAAGCUGCCCCGGCACAUGCGCACCCACACUGGCGAGAAGCCCUUCGCCUGUGAGGUGUGUGGCGUCCGCUUCACCCGGAACGACAAGCUGAAGAUCCACAUGAGGAAGCACACGGGCGAGCGGCCCUACUCCUGCCAGCACUGCAGCGCCCGCUUCCUGCACAGCUACGACCUGAAGAACCACAUGCACCUGCACACGGGCGCCCGGCCCUACGAGUGCUACCUCUGCCACAAGGCCUUCGCCAAGGACGACCACCUGCAGCGCCACCUCAAGGGCCAGAACUGCCUGGAGGUGCGGACGCGCCGGCGCCGGCGCGAGGAGCCCCCCCCGCCGCCCGCCGGCCCCCCGGGCCUUGACCUGUCCAACGGGCGCCUGGAGAGCCUGCGCCUCUCGCUGGCCCGCUUCUGGGACCCGGCCCGCGCCCCCCCGCCCAACGAGGACGAGGAGGAGGAGGAGGGGGAGGAGGGGCCGCAGCUGGACGGGGCCGUCCCCGUGGAGACAGCGUAGGGCCCCGCCCCAGGCGCUGUCCCCAUGGCGGGUGCUGCCCUGCCCUGGUGGGGGGCCGCUGCGGGGCAGGGAGUGGGGUGAGCGGGGGCUGGGCGGGGCGGAGGCCCCGCACCCCCUGGGGAUAGUGCAUCACGGCGCCCCCAGCUGGAGCACACGGACCCUGCCCCUGCUGGGAGUGGGCACAAGAAGCAAUAAGGACCGUCUGGGGCUUUCAGGCAUGUGGGUCUUGUGGGGGGGCGGUAGGCAGGGCUGCCCAGGGAGUACAUCCCAGCUCCCCUGGAGCAGGGGCUGCAGGCUGGGCCUCUUCUCCUCGUGUCUCACCGCUCUUCAAAGAGCUGGCAGAGGACUGGGAAUCAAGACUCCUGGGUUCUGGGAGGGGAGGGGGACUGGUGGGUUAGAGUAGGUGGGUCUGGGAGCCAGGACUCCUGGGUCCUGUCCUCGGCUUUGGGAGGGGAGUGACAUCUGGUGGGUUAGAAGGGGGGGGGCGCUGGGAGCCAGGACUCCUGGGUUCUAUCCCUGGUUCUGGGAGGGGAGUGGGGUCUGGUGGGUUAGAAUGCGGGGGCUGGGAGUCAGGACUCCUGGGUUCUAUCCCUGGUUCUGGGAGGGGAGUGGGGUCUGGUGAGUUAGAAUGUGGGGGCUGGGAGUCAGGACUUCUCAGUCCUGUCCCCAGGUCUGGGAGGGGAGUGGGGUCUGGGGGGUUAGAGCAGGGGUCUGGGGGGUUAGAGCAGGGGUCUGGGGGCCAGGACUCCUGGGUUCUGUUCCCAGGUUGGGGCGGGGCUGCAGCCUGACCCUGCUCCCUGGGCGGGAAGCUAUUCCCCACACAAACUGUCUCUCACUUGACGACGCAAGUUUCUGUUCCUGUUUUUCCCGUCGCUGUUUGUUCUGAAUUAUGCAAAGGGGGAAACUCCCCCUGGCGGAUUUGCACAAUGAAAUGCUGGGGGGGGCCUCGCCCUGCCCCUCCCACAGCCUGGGGGGCAGUGCCAGGUGCUGGCUGGUGUGCCUGAGCUGCCCAAGGGGGGAUGAGAAGGGAGCUCUCGGUUCCGCCAGCUCACAGCCCCUCCCUGCUGGCUGGUGCUCAGAGCUGGGUGGGGGGGCAGCAUGUCCACACCGCCCCAGCUGGCAGGGAGCCACCAGCCCCACGGGUGGGACAGGCUGUACCUGGAGCCAGUUUGUACCAGGUGCCCCUUCCCUGUAUGAAUCAGGUGUGUUUAACCCUCCGUGUGCCAGGCCUGGUUGCACCCCCAGCACUGGGUGCCGGGCCGCCCUGACAGCUGGCCACGGGGCGCCACCUGGUGGCCUCCCUGGUGCUGUGGCUGGCCCUGCACCCCACGGAGCUGGCUCUGCAGGGUGGGGACUUCACGCUCCCCCCUCCUGUGGGGCUGGCUGGCUCAGGCGCCAUGCGUGCCUAGGGCCCUGCAGGGCCUGGGGAUGUGGGGGUCACGUAGCGAUGCCCUGGGAGGAGCUGUGCUGCCCCCCCCCCCGCACCCCCGCGCAUGCGCCAGCCCCUGGUUUUUAAAGCUGUAUGUUUCUAUUUACCGGCUGGGCGGAGGAAUAGCACUUAGUGCCCUGGGGCAGAGCUGGUGUCCCCCAGCGCCCACUGGCUUUCUCAGCCCUCCCCCCUUGUAAAUAGCUUGUGGAAUUGGACUGUGGGUCAGUGUCAUUUAGAGCCCCCUGCCCACAGCUGUCCACUGCAGGGAAAUGCAAAUCUAGGGUGCCCUGCGCACCUCCAUGCCUUAACUGAGGAGGCCCCCACCCCCCGCGGGCCUCACUCGCCCCUGCACUCCUCGCUGCUUUCUCUGGUUGCACUAUUUGGGCAAGUUUGCCCGGGAAGGGGAGGGGGGCCCGUUCUGUGGGCUGGGGGCCCAUACCCUCCCGCGGAGGCAGAUGAGCCCCAGGGGCCACCUCAGAGCUGCGGCUUUCCUCCCCCCAGGGGCGUCUCUGCUGUUUGCACAUUCCCGUCUGCCCUGGCAGCAGCGCCCCCCAGCCCCCGGAGCACCCGGGGAGUAUUAGCCCCAAAUCAGAGUUUAUCUAUAUUUAAAGAGAUGAUGUAAUAUAUUUCUCCCCCCUCCUAGCCCCCAGUGCUGUCUGCCAUCAGUGUCAGCCCUUUGCCGGGGGCGGGGCGGGGGGCCUGGCCUGGCUUUAAAGUGCCUUAUGGUGAACUUGAAAUCUCGGCUACUUGAACUUCUCUAGUGUAAAGAAACCAAACUACGACUCGAAUCAGCGGGAGCUGGCCCAGGGUCGGGCCCCGCACGCGCUUUUCGGUUGCUGUUUUUAUUUUUUAAACGAAGGCUGCUUGAUAAUAAAUGGAGAAGCAGGGA